AUGGUUUCUUUCAAGUCUCUUCUCCUUGCCGCUGUGGCUACCACCAGCGUCUUCGCUGCUCCCUUUGACUUUCUCGCUGAGCGCGACGAUGGCAACGCCACUGCUCUUCUCGAGAAGCGCCAGUCUACCCCCAGCUCUGAGGGAUACCACAACGGUUACUUCUACUCCUGGUGGACCGACGGCGGCGGCUCUGCCCAGUACACCAUGGGUGAGGGAAGCAAGUACUCUGUGACUUGGAGAAACACCGGUAACUUUGUUGGAGGCAAGGGAUGGAACCCUGGAAACGGACGUACCAUCAACUAUGGUGGAUCCUUCAACCCUCAGGGCAACGGCUACCUCGCCGUGUACGGAUGGACCCGCAACCCGCUCGUCGAAUACUACGUGAUUGAAUCCUACGGCACAUACAACCCCAGCAGUGGAGCCCAGCGCAAGGGAAGCUUCCAGACUGACGGUGGUACUUACGACAUUGCCACCUCUACACGUUACAACCAGCCCUCCAUUGACGGUACAAGGACCUUUCAGCAGUACUGGUCUGUCCGUACCCAGAAGCGUGUUGGUGGAAGCGUGAACAUGCAGAACCACUUCAACGCCUGGUCCCGCUACGGCAUGAACCUCGGUACGCACUACUACCAGAUUGUCGCCACUGAGGGUUACCAGUCUUCUGGAAACUCUGAGAUUUAUGUGCAGACCAUGUAA